UCAUUUUGUGGAACUCGAACCUCUCAUUCUCUCUUUCAUCUCCUCCUCUUACGUAACCCUAACGAAGUCGGAGAUUUCUCUGGUAGAUCUAUCUUGAUUCGACUUUUUCUUCCCCAGAGAAAAUUGUAAAAAGUCGCUAUUGAAAUCGAACGAAAGAAGCGGGGUUUUGUACUAGGCAGAGGUACAUAGAGAGUCAGAGUUAUGGAUUUGGAUCAAUGGAUUGCGAAGGUUAAAGACGGUCAGCAUCUUUCCGAGGACGAGCUUCAGCUUCUCUGCGAAUACGUGAAAGAAAUUCUGAUUGAGGAGUCGAACGUACAGCCUGUCAACAGUCCAGUCACCGUCUGUGGUGAUAUCCAUGGCCAGUUUCAUGAUCUAAUGAAACUUUUUCAGACCGGAGGUCAUGUUCCCGAGACAAACUACAUAUUUAUGGGGGACUUCGUGGAUAGAGGCUACAACAGCCUUGAAGUCUUCACUAUUCUUUUGCUUCUUAAAGCUAGACAUCCAGCCAACAUCACACUUCUGCGUGGGAAUCAUGAAAGUAGGCAGCUAACGCAGGUAUACGGUUUCUAUGACGAAUGCCAGAGGAAGUAUGGUAACGCUAAUGCGUGGCGAUAUUGCACAGAUGUUUUUGAUUAUCUUACCCUGUCAGCUAUUAUAGAUGGCACAGUACUAUGUGUUCAUGGUGGCCUUUCCCCUGAUGUCCGAACUAUUGACCAGAUAAGACUGAUCGAGCGAAAUUGUGAAAUUCCUCAUGAAGGGCCCUUUUGCGAUCUUAUGUGGAGCGAUCCUGAAGAUAUUGAAACAUGGGCUGUUAGUCCACGUGGAGCUGGUUGGCUUUUUGGAUCAAGGGUUACCACUGAGUUUAACCAUAUAAACAAGCUUGAUCUAGUAUGCCGUGCGCACCAGCUUGUACAAGAAGGACUUAAGUACAUGUUCCAAGAUAAAGGCCUUGUAACUGUAUGGUCUGCACCUAAUUACUGCUACCGUUGCGGCAAUGUCGCUUCUAUUUUGAGUUUCAAUGACAACAUGGAAAGGGAAGUGAAGUUCUUCACAGAGACCGAAGAGAACAAUCAAAUGAGAGGGCCUAGGACUGGAGUUCCUUAUUUCCUUUGAUGAAAACGACGAUGACAGUUUAUAUUUGCCCCCUUCCAUCGCUGUGAUGAUGAUGAUGAUGAUGAUGAUGAUGAUGAAGCCAUUGCUACCAUUGGCAAUAUGUUCAGUCUCAAAAAGGUUAUAUGUAGAUAUAAUAUUAUCUACUGAUGGGUUUCACUUACUUCCAUUAUUUUUGUCCUGUAGGUAACAUUUUCC